AUUCGCGCGCGUGCGUGCGAAAGAAAGAAGUUGAAGCGGGCUGCUCGCUGUUGGUCGUCGUUGAGUGUCGAAACGACUUUCUGUGCGGUCCCCGAUCCAGGUUUCGGCCAUGGCGUAUCGCGGACAGGGCCAAAAGGUUCAGAAGGUGAUGGUCCAGCCCAUCAACCUCAUCUUCAGAUACCUUCAGAAUAGGUCCAGGAUUCAAGUGUGGCUGUAUGAACAGGUGAACAUGCGAAUAGAAGGCUGUAUUAUUGGGUUUGAUGAAUAUAUGAACCUGGUUCUGGAUGAUGCAGAGGAGAUUCAUUCCAAGACAAAAUCAAGGAAACAGCUGGGUCGAAUCAUGUUAAAAGGGGACAAUAUUACUCUUCUACAAAGUGUUUCUAACUAGAAAUUGUUAUCCAGUGUACUCUGAUUAUUAUUUUUAUCUUUAAACUGCAGAAGAAAGUAUGUGGUACUUAAUGUUGUCUCUUCCCAAGUUCUACCCUGGUGUCUGAGAAGUGAGAGAAGAAUGAAGCAAGUUAUGCUUAUGAACUUUUCAAUAACUUUUUUAUAUUGGUGUGGAGCUCUAGUUCUUUCUAAAUAAAAAAUAUUAGUAAAA